ACGGAUCUGGCAGUGAGCCAGACUCGUUUGGUUGUAGGAGCGGGAAUAGGGCCGGUGAGGGAGGAGAAUGGCAGGUUGUGCGGUCUAAGAAGAGCAGACGUUUGUCUGAGGAUAGAGAUUCUAGUGGCAGUGGAGUGCGUGGAGAGACUGUGAAGCGUCGUAAGGAGGAAUACCUCAUUUUGAUCCAGUUUGAAUCUGAUUCUGCUGGCGUGCUGAAUCCGGUCAGGUUGACAUCUGAAAUUAAAUCAGCUCUAGGGGAUGUGGCCGGAGCUAAGGUGUUGAGAGGAGUAGGUGGCGGUAAUGCACCUUCAGUUGGUCUGCCAUCCGCCAUAAACCUGAAAGAAGAAGAAGAAGAAGAAGACGGUGUUUGAAAAGAUGUCUGAGAAGAGCGUGGAGGGUAAAGAUGAGCGGGGUGUUAAUAAUAAAACCAUCUCUCUGCCCGUUUCCCGCGUUAAACUGAUCAUGAAGAGCUCUCCGGAUGUCUCCUGUAUAAACCAGGACGCGUUGUUCCUCACCACCAAGGCCACGGAGCUCUUUGUUCAGCAUUUGGCUCUGUCCUCAUACAAUAAUGGAUCUGGCAAAGAGACAAACACACUGUCCUACAGUGAUCUGGCGAACACUGCGGAAGAGACAGAAACCUUUCAGUUCCUUACAGAUAUUCUUCCAAAGAAAAUCCUAGCAAGCGAUUACCUGAAGUCACUGGAGCAAAUGGAGGAAGAUGAAGAAAACUGACAUUGCUGUGCAGCUCUCAAACCACCAAUACAAUAAUCUGUUCAACUUCUUCAUUAGAGCACAGAGACAUAGUAACAAGUUCAAAAACAUCUCGUUCCUCACAACAAAAAGUAAUGGACAAACCCAGGAUGUUGUGCUCCUCACUUCUCCACACCUUGCUUGUUUGAGAGGAAUUUUCCUGGGUCUAGUUUCCCAGAAGCAUCUUAAAAUGAUGCUGGUUUCACUGGUGAAGAGACCGCUUUGUGCUGAGAUGCCUUUGGGAAACCCAGUUCUGUUUGUUUGUUUGUUUGUUUGUUUAAUAGAUUGAUUGAUUGUUUUUCUGUUUAAUUCUGUUGUAGGCAUAUUAAUUGUUACUGGCUGCCUAACCACUAAGGGCUUAGUUAUUACAUCACCACUGAAAUAGGUGUAGGCUAAAUGUAAAAAAGUCUUACCACAGUUUUUUUUUAAGGAACUGCAUAUUUGCUCUUCUAUUCCAUAACUUUAUGCAUAUCUAGUGAGAGCUGACUCAGUUGCAGCUGAGCAACAUCUGCUUUUAAAGUAGUGCUACUCAGGGCAUUAACACUCUCUGUGUCUGUGUGUGUGUGUGUAUAUUUGAAGGGACAUUAUGCUCACUGACUUUUUUUUGUUGUAAAUGCUACAAAAAUGUUGGAUCUGUGUCAUGGUACACAUACUGCAAGAGAAAGAAAUCAAUAUUUGUUUUAAUGGGUUCAUUGUCAUCUCAUUUUCAUUCAAGUUUGACUAAUUUUUCUAAUCUGAUGGUUAAAAUCACACACAGUUGCUGAUGUAAAUUCAUGAAAGUUAAUUAAUAGAUCAGAAUCUGUUCCCGAUAUGUCUGUAUGCAUUGGCUGCUGCUCUUCAGUGUAAAAGGUUUGAGAGGAGAGCUUUAUUAUUCGGUAGUUGGAGGUGAGGUCAUGCACUGAAUUUCAAAGUUGUGAAUAUUUUUACUUGAAAUUUGUACUGCAUCUGACGUUUUGUAUAGUGUACUGUAUGAUUGGUAUGUAGAUGCAAACAAUAAACAUGUGUUUUCUUA